GCCGCGGAGCGACACCUGACUGUUUAAAGGGCCGGUCGGCUGACUGACUCCAGCCUGGGUUUAAUCCUGGGGGCAAGGGUCGCGGCCGCCACGAGGGAGAAAUGACAGGCGAGCGACCCAGCACGGCGCUCCCGGGCGGCCCUGAGGGACUGUGGGUGCUGGGGCUCGGGGGAGCCUGCAGGGUUCGGAUAUUUGCCGCGAUCUUCCGGCUGCUGCUGUCUGCGGCAGCGGUCGGGGCUGGGGUCGAGACCGACUUCAGCCUGGUGCAGCCGCUGGUGACCAUGGAGCAGCUGCUGUGGCUGAGCGGGAGGCAGAUCGGUUCGGUGGACACCUUCCGCAUCCCGCUCAUCACAGCCACUCCUCGGGGCACUCUUCUCGCCUUCGCGGAGGCCAGAAAAAUGUCCACAUCGGAUGAGGGAGCCAAGUUCAUCGCUAUGCGGAGGUCCACAGACCAGGGUAGCACAUGGUCUCCUACAGCAUUCAUUGUGGACGAUGGGGAGACCCCAGAUGGGCUGAACCUGGGGGCAGUGGUGAAUGAUAUUGAGACAGGAGUGGUGUUCCUCUUCUACUCCCUCUGUGCUCACAAGGCUGGCUGCCAGGUGGCCUCCACCAUGUUGGUGUGGAGCAAGGAUGAUGGUGUCUCCUGGAGCCCACCCCGGAACCUUUCCUUGGAUAUCGGCACUGAGACAUUUGCCCCGGGACCGGGCUCUGGCAUUCAGAAACAGCGGGAGCCACGGAAGGGUCGGCUCAUCGUGUGUGGCCAUGGGACGCUGGAGCGGGAUGGCGUCUUCUGCCUCCUCAGUGAUGACCACGGCGUCUCCUGGCGCUAUGGCAGUGGGGUCAGCGGCAUCCCCUAUGGCCAGCGCAAGCAGGAAAAUGAUUUCAACCCUGAUGAGUGCCAGCCCUAUGAGCUCCCAGAUGGCUCAGUUGUCAUCAAUGCCCGGAACCAGAACAACUACCACUGCCACUGCCGGAUUGUCCUCCGCAGCUACGAUGCCUGUGAUACACUGAGGCCCCGCGAUGUGACUUUCGACCCUGAGCUUGUGGACCCUGUGGUUGCUGCAGGUGCCGUAGCCACCAGCUCCGGCAUUGUCUUCUUCUCCAACCCAGCCCAUCCAGACUUCCGAGUGAACUUGACCCUGCGCUGGAGCUUCAGCAAUGGGACCUCAUGGAGGAAAGAGACAGUCCAGCUGUGGCCAGGGCCCAGUGGCUACUCAUCGCUGGCAGCCCUGGAGAGCCGUGUUGGUGGGGAGGAACAGGACCCCCAGCUCUUCAUCCUGUAUGAGAAAGGUCGGAACUACUACACAGAGAGCAUCUCCCUGGCCAAAGUCAGCGUGUAUGGGACACUCUGAGCUGUACACCUGCCACGGGGUAGAAGGCCCUGGACUCAGCCUUCAGGACCAUGGACCUAUAGAGGGUCUGCUGGAUGUGUCCAAAAGAUACUUCCACCUUCCUUUAGCCUCUAGCCUUUUGCAAAAUCAACUUUUCUUUGACAGGGAUAUCACUCCAUUAGGACUCAAAGCCUGGCUGCUUCUCCCACACAGGAAGUCCUGCCCCCGCCUGGGAGUGCUUCCUUUCCAUAUCACUGGGGCUGGCCCUACCCUUUCUGCCAUCCCCGGACAUUGAUUGGUCCUUUUCUUGAGCGGGGCUAGGUGGGCCUGUAGAACUGAAUACAUGUGAACUCAGGGAAUGGAGGAAGGCUGAGCUCGCUUCCUCUUUGAGGUAAGAUAGUGGCUUUGGAGAGGGCUGGUGAAGGGGCCUGGGAGCGCAGGAUGUUUGCUCUCAGGAUAAGGGACUAGAUGCACCACCAACCUGGACUAUUUAUGGAUCAAAAUGUUUGUAACACAACAUUUUUAAUGAAGGAGAACAAACAGAGUCUGGUUCUGUCAGUGUCCGUCUUCAUGUCUGUGUCACUGUGUAUGCCGUGGGGCUGGGAGUGAGCUCUGGGGAGGAAUCUGGUGAGCUGUGGCCUGUGAACAUCUGACUUUGGCAAAUCGAACUCUCCUUUCCCUUUCACAUCCUUUCUCCUCACAGAAAAGCAGACUGACCUUCACAGGUAUGACGCACAGUUGGAGGGGACCCCAUGAGAUAUUUGAAAUCUGCUAUGUUUGUAUUUCUAAGAUGAGUGGGUACUGUCCUCCACAAGAUGGAACAGGUGUGCUCAGUACAGGUGACAUGCCUGUCCCAGGUCAGCCUGGCAGAGAAUAAACACUGGAACAAAUCAUGGGAGAAAACAGCACGUUCAUUCCACAGCAGGUGCUAGGGAAAGAACCUGGGUGGCUGCAGACAAGUGGGGGAGCUACAACUUCCCUCCCAAUGGAAAGGAAAUACAGCACCUAGACAUGGUAAGAAUGUCUCUCGCGCCCCGGCUGGUGUGGCUCAGCUGGUUGGAGCAUUGUCCUGCACCCUGAAGGGUGGUGGGUUUUGAUUCCCGGUCAG